AUGGGCAUGCCAUCGUUUGCGGCGUCGAACGCCAUCAUUUACCUCACAUAUGGACUUUUCCUAGUUGGUGGAGUCGCGAUCGCAUGGCGAGUCCGCACUCACAAUACGAAGGAGUAUCUCUCCAGCAAUGGGACACAGAAGGGCAUACCGCUUGCCCUGAACUUUAUAGCUUCGGCUCUUGGAUCUGGUAUCUUGUUUACGUACCCAGAGAUUGCAACGCUCUGUGGCGUCCAAGGACUUAUCGUCUAUGCUCUGUCGAGUUCCCUGCCGCUCUUGAUAUUUGGGUACCUUGGUCCCAUUAUCAGAAAGCGAUGCCCGGAGGGUUUCGUCCUGACCGAAUGGACGAGACAGAGAUACGGAAUCGUAACGGCGCUGUUCUUGAGCUUCUUCACACUGGUGACGUUAUUCCUGUACAUGGUUGCCGAACUAUCAGCAAUCCAGCAGAUUGUCACUGCAUUGACCGGCCUGAACGGACUGCCGGCAGUGAUUGUGCAAUGCGUCGUUACCACAAUUUAUACCACUAUCGGGGGUUUCAAGGUCUCAUUCAUCACGGACAACAUUCAAGGCGGACUGGUCUUGCUUAUUAUCGUGGUGUCCGUGAUCUCAGUCGGCGUCGAGACCGACAUCGAUCGGAGCAAGAUUGAUUCAUCGGGGCUGCUAAAGUCGAGCCUGCUUGGAUGGCAGCUCGUAUACAUCCUUCCAGUCGCCAUUCUCACCAAUGACUUCUUCAUUUCGGGAUUCUGGCUCCGUACAUUCGCCGCGAAAACAGACAAGGACCUUCGCAUCGGCGUUACCAUCGCGACGGUCGUUGUGGCCAUGAUUUUGACGUUGGUUGGCAGCUCUGGCCUACUUGCCGCUUGGUCCGGAGUUUGGGAGCCAGAUAAUGACGACGCUCCAGGAAGCAUGGCGCUCUUCCUCCUCCUGGGUCGGCUUCCAGCCUGGGUUGUAGGUAUUGUCCUCGUCAUGGUCAUCACCCUCUCCACCGCGGCGUUCGACUCUUUCCAAUCCGGAAUGGUGGCGAACGGCUCGAAUGACCUAUUCAAAAAUAAGCUUCCGCUCUGGACGGUGAGGGUCUGCGUCGUCCUCGUCAUCAUCCCCGUCGUGGUUCUCGCGCUGAAAUCACCCGAUAUCCUGACCAUCUACCUGAUCUCGGAUCUCGUGUCGGCAUCCCUCGUUCCGCCACUUCUGGUUGGGCUAGUCGACCGGUUUUAUAUGUGGCGAGGCUUCGAGGUCGUGGUUGGCGGGCUUGGUGGGAUCUUGUCCGUCUUUAUUUUCGGAACCAUCUAUUAUGGGGACGCGAGGAAGGGUGGCGAGCUCAUCAUCCUUCAGGGCGGUCUGUACGGGAGCGAUUGGGGCGCGUUUGGUGCCUUCGUCGCCGCCCCUGUUGGAGGCAUGCUUUUUGCUCUGGCGGCAUUUGCGCUGCGGAUCGGGACGCUGUGGCUGUGGAGCAGAUUUGGCAACAGGAAGUUCGAUGCGUUCGAUCGGCCCGUUGUGCGAGCUGUUCCUGAUUUAGAUGAUGUUGAGGUGGAGAGCCAGUACGUGGCAAAUGGGAAGUUCAUUUGA